UUAUAUUACUAGAGUGUACGAACCCAUCACCUCAAUUGUUAAACACAGUCGCACACACUUCAGCUCAGAACCGCAUAUUUACACACAGCUACAUUGAUGUAGAGAGAGAGAGAGAGAGAGAGAGAGAUAUGAAAUUGACGGGAGAUUUCUUGUUCAAACUUACUGUACUGCUAGCCGUUAUCUUCACCGUCAAUGGCUGCCCGCCGGCAGACCGGUCAGCAUUGCUAGCAUUCAAGAAGCAACUAAGCGAGCCAUACUUGGGCAUAUUCAACACUUGGACUGGCAGCGACUGCUGCAACGGCUGGUACGGCAUCAGUUGCGACCCGGAAGUUAAAAGGGUUGCCGACAUUUCCCUACGGGGUGAAUCCGAGGACCCAAUUUUCGAAAAAGCAGGUCGGUCUGGUUACAUGACCGGUUCACUUUCUCCUUCCCUAUGCCAGCUCGACCGUCUCACCACCCUCGUCGUUGCCGACUGGAAAGACAUCUCAGGCGAAAUCCCGGCUUGCUUAACCUCACUUCCCAACCUCCGCAUUAUUGACCUUGUCGGAAAUAAAAUCUCCGGCAACAUUCCAGCGGAUAUUGGCAAGCUGAGUCGACUCGCUGUGUUGAACCUGGCUGAUAAUCAAAUAUCAGGUUCGAUCCCAACUUCCAUUGUUAACCUCAACAGCUUAAUGCACAUGGAUCUCAGCAGCAACAAACUUGCCGGGACGAUUCCAUCAGACGUCGGCGAACUAUCCAUGAUGAGCCGUGCAUUACUGAGCCGAAACCAACUCACCGGUUCAAUCCCGGUUUCUCUUUCCAAAAUAUUUAGGCUAGCUGAUCUAGAUUUAUCAAUGAACCAAAUGACGGGUACCAUCCCGGCCGAGUUGGGGUCAAUGCCGGUCCUCUCGACUCUAAAUUUAGACAGUAACAAACUUUCCGGCGAGAUACCGUCAAGUUUGCUACGCAACUCGGGUUUAAACAUUCUAAACUUGAGUCGAAACUCGUUAGAAGGUUACUUGCCCGAUGUUUUUGGUCCGAAAACUUACUUCACGGAACUCGACUUAUCAUACAAUAAUCUGAGGGGUUUGAUUCCAAAAUCAAUGUCUUCGGCUAAGUACAUCGGGCACUUGGAUCUAAGUCACAAUCAUCUUUGCGGGUCGAUUCCACUCGGGUCGCCAUUCGAUCACCUCGAGGCCUCAUCAUUUGCCAACAAUGACUGCCUGUGUGGAUCUCCAUUAUUCCGUGCUUGUUAAUUUGGUUAUUUAAUUAUGUUUAUGCGUGAUUAAUUGGCUAAUUUCUGUAUUAUUGCUGUAAUUGUGAUUUUAAUAUUACUCUCUCAGGUAACGGUUAUGUCAUGUGGUUGCAUCACUUGAAAGUGUGUUACAAGUUUAGAGUAUAAUUUUAGUGGGCAAAGAUUCUGUGCUUUAUUAAUCAUUUGGUUGAUUUUAUUAUUUUGUUAUAAUGUAACGAGGAAUAGUAAUGUCGUUUUGAUUUCAAAGUGGAAAUGGCAUCAUUUACCCCAACUUUUACGAGUCCA